CAAAAAUGAGCAUCAAAAUUUGUCACCAUGACUCGGAAUGUUUUGCCACCUAGUUCUAUUUGGUUUGCAAAUCCGCGAGAGAGGAGGAAAAUAAACCGGAUAGUCCAUCUACCCACCUUUAAAAAAGCUCUCUCUUUGUAAAAGACACACUAUACGCGACUUUCAAAGAAGGAAUCCUAAAUUUCCUUGAAACACCAGUUUAUUGGAUUCGUUCAUCUUCUUCAAUCGAUUUGUAAUCAAAGGGGGAUUUUAAAGAAGAAAUAUGUGGGCAGCAUCUUGCCUGGCUUCAUGCUGUGCAGCUUGUGCAUGCGAAGCUUGUAGAACAGUUGUAUCCAGCAUCAGUAGACGCUCUGCUCGAAUUGCUUAUUGUGGUCUUUUCGCUUUCUCUCUUAUGGUUUCAUGGAUCCUCAGAGAAGUUGCUGCUCCUCUCAUGGAGAAAAUCCCAUGGAUCAAUCAUUUUGCCCAGACUCCGGAUAGGGAGUGGUUUGAAACUGAUGCCGUGUUGCGUGUGAGUUUGGGAAACUUCUUAUUUUUCACCAUCCUUGCCAUUAUAAUGAUUGGUGUCAAGGACCAGAAGGACCCUAGGGACCGUUUGCACCAUGGUGGAUGGAUGAUGAAGGUUGUUAGUUGGUGCCUGAUGGUGAUUUUUAUGUUUUUCCUUCCAAAUGGGAUCGUAACCUUUUAUGAGUCAAUAUCCAAAUUUGGGUCAGGAUUGUUUCUUCUUGUUCAAGUUGUUCUCUUGCUGGAUUUUGUUCAUGGAUGGAACGACAACUGGGUUAAAAAGGAUGAACAGUUCUGGUACAUCGCUCUAUUUGUCGUUUCACUUGUUUGCUACGUGGCAACGUUCUCCUUCUCGGGACUGCUCUUCCAUUUCUUUACUCCAUCUGGGCAUGAUUGUGGGCUCAAUACCUUCUUUAUUGUUCUCACACUGAUCUUUGUGUUCGUGUUUGCAAUCGUUGCUUUGCACCCAGCGGUGAAUGGAAGUCUGUUACCUGCUUCUGUUAUAUCUGUGUACUGCACAUACCUAUGCUACUCUGGGCUUGCUAGUGAACCAAGGGAUUAUGAAUGUAACGGCCUUCACAAUCAUUCCAAAGCUGUCUCUACUGGUUCACUUACUUUGGGACUCGUUACAACAGUUCUUUCCGUCGUUUACUCUGCUGUUCGUGCUGGUUCUUCCACAACUUUUCUUGAAAGUUCAGGCGAAGAAAAGCCUUUGCUUCCAUUCAGCAAGCAGGAUGAUCAGCAAGAAGAUAAUAAGAAGGAUGAAAAAUCAUCUGGGGCUGUUACAUAUUCAUAUUCAUUCUUCCACCUCAUAUUUUCUCUUGCCAGCAUGUACUCUGCUAUGUUAUUAACAGGGUGGUCGACCUCAGUUGGGGAAAGUGGAAACCUUGUGGAUGUCGGAUGGCCUUCGGUGUGGGUCAGAAUAUUGACAGGAUGGGCCACUGCUGGUUUGUACAUUUGGUCUCUGGUUGCUCCACUUCUGUUUCCAGAAAGAGAGUUCUAAUCAGCCAACGGCUUGAUGCUAUUACGUCCCAUCUUUCUCCAGAAAACUUAUAUUAUGUAGUAUAUCACAUAGGGUGUGCAACUGUGCGUGUAUUUCUGUUAAUAUUUUCUGUUCCUGGUGGCAGCUUAAUGGCCAAUGUACUGUGAGUUUUCGACAAAACUAGCGUGUAAAAAUCAGACUCGACGUGAUAGUUUUCUCUCUUCUCGUUUCACUCUUUUAAGUCUCAUUUUAUUUCUCC